AUGUACAGGCCACGGGGUGAAAAAGGGCUGAGACUGCCUCAUGUAUUGGGCCUCCUUUGUGUUGUGGUCCCCACCGACCCCCAUCCUCCCAGCAUCAGUGGGAUGUCCCAGGUGUGUCUCCUCUUGGCCAUGCUCAUGCUCUGCAGCUGCACGAAGGUUUCCUCGGCCAACUCUCUGGAGCUUGUGAAGGAACAGUGGAGCAGCUACAAGGACCAGUGCCUGGACUACAUAAACGCCACGCCCCCUGCCACCGGGUUGGUGUGUAACCGGACGUUUGAUCUGUAUGCCUGCUGGCCCGAUGGACUUCCAGGAACCACUGUCAACGUCUCGUGCCCGUGGUUUCUACCUUGGCACCGCAAAGGUCUGUAUGAAUUCUCGGCGUAUGUUGGGGUAUAUAGUAGCUACUCACGAUGUGCAUAUCACUGUGUGAUAGUUCACCGGGGCCUGGUCUACAGAGUCUGCACCGAAGACGGGAAAUGGGGGCAAAAGAAUACCAGUGAAUGUGAAGACGACCCCGGUGAGCAGCAGUAUGGCCGUAUCCUCAGCCAGUUACGAAUCAUGUACACAGUGGGCUACUCUCUCUCACUGGGAGCUCUGCUGCUGGCCCUGGCAAUUCUCAUCAGCUUCAGGAAGCUGCACUGUAUGAGGAACAACAUCCACAUGAACCUGUUUGCCUCCUUCAUCCUGAGAGCUGUGUCCAUUCUUGUCAAAGACGCCCUUCUGACCCUCACACUGGACCCGAGGAGCAGCAGCAACACCGGGACACAAGCCUGGGUCAACAUACCGGCUGUGACUUGGUGUCGUGGUGCCAUGGUGAUGAUGCAGUACAGCGUGAUGGCCAACAAUUACUGGCUGCUGGUGGAGGGCAUCUACCUUCACAGCCUCCUGGUCAUCACUGUUUUCCGCGAGAAGAAGUACUUCUACAUUUACCUGGCCAUCGGCUGGGGUGCACCACUGAUAUUUGUGUUGCCAUGGAUCACAGUGAAAUAUCUGUACGAAAAUGAAGAGUGCUGGGAGAGAAACAUUAACAUGGGCUAUUGGUGGAUCAUCCGUUCCCCCAUACUGUUUGCGUAUUUGAUUAACUUCUUCAUUUUCAUCCGAAUAAUUAAAAUCCUGAUGUCUAAACUUAGAGCUCACCAGAUGAGAUACACUGACUACAAAUUCAGACUGGCAAAGUCCACCUUGACUCUCAUCCCACUGCUUGGGAUUCACGCCAUCCUCUUCACCUUUGUCAUUGAUGAGUCUGUCCCUAAAGGCUCCAUGCUUCGCCUCAUUCGUCUCUUUUGUGACCUUCUGUUCAACUCCUUCCAGGGCCUGCUGGUUGCUAUCCUGUACUGCUUUGUCAAUAAAGAGGUGCAGUCGGAGAUGCUGAAGAAGUGGAAGAGGUGGAAGCUGGGGAAGGACAUCGAGGAGGAGUACCGCCACACGCACAGCCACACGCCGCACAUCAAGAGCGGCAGCAUCGCCACGGGCAACCUGCCCGACACCCACGACGACUGCGACUCGCCCGGCCUCCGCAGGGCUGACGGCGGCCCCUCCCGCCCCGCCGCCCCCGAGGAGAACCGCAGGCUGGUGGUGUCCUACAGCAACGGGACGGGGACAAGCCGGCCCGCCCGGAGCAGACAAACCCUGCACUUAUCCUUACGGUCAUACCGGGGAACCGGUCACUCCACCACCACCACCACCGCCACCGCCACCGCCGCCGGCGAGGACGCAUGCCCGGAGGAGCGGGUGCACUACUGCGCAUAUCCGGAGGAAGGGGAGGAAACCAGCGUCUGACGACAGCCUCUCGCACGAGCGCCGCAUCACGAACACGCAUCACGACACUGCUGUAAAAAAAAAAACAGAAAAAAAAAAAAAAAUCACUGGACGAGCGGAGAAUGAUUCGUUGGUUGUUUUAUUUGAUUUGCACCAUGACAAAAAAAAGGAGGGGAAAACAAGUGAGGUUUAAGACAUAUGGGAUUAUAAGGUGAAUUCAGACAUAACCAUUGUGGUUUUGACCGAGCAUUAAGAUACACGUGUGGGUCUGUGUGGCGACUUUAUUCAAAACCAAACCGGUGCCAGUGUAACCCGCCUGAGAAGCGCUUUUGUUGUGCGUUUAAGGGCAGAAGUGGGCGCGGUUUUAUGAGACGGAACUGCAGCCUCAGUCAGGUGCUGUCAUCUUCAGAAAGACUCAUUAUCAUUAAGUUAUUGUGGAAUGAAAUAAUCAACGCCAAAGGACAAACUGGUCGGUUUUACAUGCAUCGGACAAAGUCUUGCCUUUUUCUAUCUUUCUUUUGUUAACCAUUCCAUCCUGUUAUCCAUUUUUAGACAUGUUCUUAACUCAAUUCUGUUUAAAAAAAUAAAGAAAUAUAAGUGAAAAUAUUCAAAGCUAGUGGAAGUAUGUAAUUAGCACUAUGCAUUAUAUCCAGAGCAGCUGGAUAUUUUUUUCAAGACCAUCGUUUAAAGUUUUCAGCCAAAAAAUGAAAUAGGGACGGACUCAUUACUUAAUUAAGAAAAGUCUUAUUUUUAUUGAUAACAAUUCAGUUAUUAUUUGUUGCAAAUCUGUCAUUAAUGAACACACAGUUUGAUUUGAGUGGUUCAUUCAAGUCAAAGUUGCUCCAUAUCUACCUGUGAUCGUCACCCAUGCAUCUGUACAGCCCCCCACAUCCAGCAACACAUCGUUUGUACAGACACUAAAGGCUUUUGUGGAGCAGGUUUCAGGAUCAUAACAUGUGGCCAAAACAAUGUGUUGAAUACGCUCCUCGUAACAGCUUUUUUAAGAUAAAAAUGAAUGUAUUUAUGUUCUGUUCUGCACACAGAGUUCGUAUCUUCAGAACUGUACAGCAUAUAACCAUUUUGUGAUUUUGUGUCAUGGGAAAUGAACUUCAGACAGCAAAAAUCUCCACAAAGAGAAUACUCUCUGACUUUUGAUAAAGGAUGGACAUUUCUUAUUGUUGAAGGGUGUGUUGUACAUUGUUAAUACAGGAAAAAAUGCUGAAUAUCAUAAAGACAAUAGCAGGCUGGCAGGGGUGUGUUGUUUUGUGUUUUUUGCUUGGGUUGCAGGUGCUUCUAAAGCUACAACAUGAAUAGCUAUUCCGAGGAAAGACGUCCUGUUUCAUGACAAACAAUCAUAUCCUGUCUUUCUACUUUCUGAUGGCAAAAAGUUCUGUAUGAAAUCCAAAUGACUGUCUCACAAGUCACUAUGGAGACAGUUAAAUCUAAAUGUGACACCAAGAAAAAGCUCUGUACAUACUGUCUUUUAGAAAUGGAUGUCAAUCCUCCAUUCAGGUACGUUUGUCGUGUUUGUAAUACUUAAGUAACACAUGUUGAAUUUUACUGGCAUUUUGUUGUGUGUUUGUGCGGAAACGUUCCUGUUCGAGACAUUUGUGUCAAGCUAAGCUGAAAAAAUACACAUCAGGUGAAUAAAUUGUUCAGUGUGC